AUGCUAAUACGCUCACCAAUUUCUGUAUCGUUCUCAGCUGAUGCUGAGAAUAUCACACUCUUUGAGUAUCAUGGUUCAUUCCAGACCAACAAUGAAACAUAUGAUCGUUUUGAAAGAUUUGACAUCGAAGGAGAUGAUGAAACACAGAUGAACAUGAACUUCAAUCCAAGAGAAGGCACUGAAAUACCUACAACUCUCAUCCCAUCACCACCUCGUCAGCAGGAGCAGGACAUUCCCGAAGGAGUCAACCCCACAAGCCCCCAGCGCCAGGAGCAUGGUAGGGACGAAUUUGCUGAGCAGAGGGAGGAACAAAACAUACCGGACAGAGAGGAACAAGAUAUACCAAAGCCAGCAAAGAAAAGAACAAGAAAGACAGCUACUUCAGAAAUGGAUUAUGAGCAGACUAUUAUUGCUGGUCAUGUUUACCAGUCAUGGCUCCAAGAUACUUCUCACAUUCUCUGUAGGGGGGAAAAGAGAAAGGUUCGAGGAACUAUCCGGGCAGAAAUGAAAUUUUUCAAACGUGCGAAUAUGCCACCUACACUACUCCUCGAAAAUCAUGUGGAUAGUUCUUACCCUCCUCAGCUUUACGAGCUUUGGACAAAGAGUACUCAACGUUUGGAUGAAUCCAAUGUUAACAAUAACCCUGAGCCAGAAGAUCUUGGACAGCAAUUCCAUCAAGCUGAUGCUGAGAAUAUCACACUCUUUGAGUAUCAUGGUUCAUUCCAGACCAACAAUGAAACAUAUGAUCGUUUUGAAAGAUUUGACAUCGAAGGAGAUGAUGAAACACAGAUGAACAUGAACUUCAAUCCAAGAGAAGGCACUGAAAUACCUACAACUCUCAUCCCAUCACCACCUCGUCAGCAGGAGCAGGACAUUCCCGAAGGAGUCAACCCCACAAGCCCCCAGCGCCAGGAGCAUGGUAGGGACGAAUUUGCUGAGCAGAGGGAGGAACAAAACAUACCGGACAGAGAGGAACAAGAUAUACCAAAGCCAGCAAAGAAAAGAACAAGAAAGACAGCUACUUCAGAAAUGGAUUAUGAGCAGACUAUUAUUGCUGGUCAUGUUUACCAGUCAUGGCUCCAAGAUACUUCUCACAUUCUCUGUAGGGGGGAAAAGAGAAAGGUUCGAGGAACUAUCCGGGCAGAAAUGAAAUUUUUCAAACGUGCGAAUAUGCCACCUACACUACUCCUCGAAAAUCAUGUGGAUAGUUCUUACCCUCCUCAGCUUUACGAGCUUUGGACAAAGAGUACUCAAGUACUUAAAACCUCAUCAUCUGAAACUCGACACCCUGAUUUCUGCGCGGAACAAUCUCCAGGGUUUGUUGAGGAGAGAAUGCAGAACCAGCAUCAAACAAACCAUGUAAGACGCGGAAGCAUAUUCUUUCCUGAAAAUUUAGUAUCUAUAAGAGAAAGACACAGUUUCAUAUACUCUGUAACUGAGUGUGGAUGUAUGCAGCAUCAGGGCAGUGACACAAGCUCCCAAAAUCUUGGUAGUCCCGCAGAAAGACUCCGGACAAUUUAUACUGGGAAAGGUUCUUCAGUAGAAAGCAUGAUGGCUGGAUCUCGAGCAAGCCCUGAAACUAUUAACCGCCAGGCUGCUGAUAUUACUGUUACGCCAUUCUAUUCUGGAGACGACGUGAGAUCCAUGCCUAGCACACCAUCCGCACGUGGAGCAGCUUCAAUUAACAACAUAGAGAUCAGCUCUAAAAGUCGCAGGUCCAAUUUAAAAAGGCCAAAUUCCUCACCAAGAAGAGGGCUCGAACCAGUAGCGGAAGAGAGACCGUGGGAUCACCAUGAAUAUGACUUUGAGUUUUCGAUUGUACCUGAAAAGCGCUUCAGAGCCGAUAGCGAAAUACUAUUUGAAACUGGAUGUACAGAGACUCAAAAUCCAGCGUGCAAUCAAUCAGACGAGAGGAUAACAGAUAGCAUCAAAAGUCAUCUCAAGACACACUUUGAAACACCUGGAGCUCCUCAAGUGGAAUCUCUUAACAAGCUCGCUGUUGGAAUGGACAGAAACGCUGCAGCUAAACUCUUCUUUCAAUCCUGUGUGUUAGCGACUCGCGGAGUCAUCAAGGUGAAUCAAACACAGCCUUAUGGGGACAUUCUCAUUGCAAGAGGACCUAACAUGUAA